AUGUCUCAUAAAACAGCUAAAAAGAAUCAUCAUAAAGAUCGACAAUAUAUCGAUCGUGCUCCGACGAAAUCCGAUACUGACGAAGAUCAAUAUCAUUCUGCUAAUGAAGAAAGCGAUGAUGAAGAUAAAAAAGAACAAAUUCGUAUACCGUUAGCGAUGUGGGAUGUGAAUCAAUGCGAUCCAAAACGGUGCACUGGCCGUAAACUUGUUCGACAUGGAUUUGUUAGACCAUUGAAACUUGGCAAUCAUUUUGGUGGCAUUAUUCUUUCACCGAUCGGUCAACAAUGUGUAUCGCCAGGCGAUCGACAAAUAAUCUUAGACAAUGGUAUUGCUGUUGUUGAUUGUUCUUGGGCAAAACUUGAUGAAACACCAUUUUCUCGAAUGAAAGGCAAACAUUUACGAUUACUUCCUUAUCUUGUUGCUACGAAUAAUGUUAAUUAUGGUAAACCUUGCCAAUUAUCUUGUGUAGAAGCAUUUGCUGCAGCAUUAGCGAUUGUUGGUUUACAAGAUUAUGGCUCAUUGCUAUUGGAUAAAUUUACCUGGGGACAUGGAUUUUAUACAUUGAAUUCAUCAUUACUCGAUGCAUAUGCUAAAUGUGAUUCAGCUCAAGCAAUACUCGAAUGUGACAAACGUUUUCGAACAGGACAAGAUAGUUUUACUGAUGAAUAUACGCCUAAUCGUGAUAUGCCACCGUCUGAAUCAUCUGAAGACGAAGAUUUACCUAUUGAAAAUCUGUCAUUAAAAGCAACAAAUGAAUAA